AGACAAGCCAUGGCCCUCGACCCUGGUGUACAGAACGCAUGGCGCGGACGUGCGAAUGCGCGUCUACCUCCCGAGGUGAACCGAAUCCUCUUCGUCAGGAACCUCCCCUUCAAGAUCACAGCAGAAGAGCUGUACGAUCUGUUCGGUCGUUACGGAGCUAUUCGCCAGAUCCGCAAGGGGAACACGAAGGACACGCGUGGGACUGCCUUUGUGGUGUAUGAAGACAUCUACGACGCAAAGAAUGCAUGCGACAAUCUCUCAGGAUUUCACGUGCUGGAUCGCUACCUGAUAGUGUUGUACUAUCAGCCGAAUAAACAGACGAAGAAAGUAUUACUGGAGAAACAACAAGAAGAACUUGAACAAAUCAAAGCAAAAUUUGCUUCAAGUCAACAGUGACGAAUCUUUCAUCGUAUCUCUCUCUCUUCUCUCUACGAAUGGUGGAAGGCAAACGGUGUGGGCGAGUUGUAAAUUUUAGAUGUCAAUGAAACGUUUUUCUUGGUUC